AUGUCGUAUGCGUUGAUGGAGUGGUACAAGCAGCUCUUUUCAGCACCUGCCUCUGCCUCCUCGCCUGUGGUUGUUGAAGAUGGAUCGGAUGAAGCGACUGAAGAUCUGCCAGACCCUCCUGAAGAUGAUGAGGAUAAUGAUGAUGAUGCCUCUGAUGAGCCAAGCUCUGAUGAAGCGCUCCCUCCCCUGCCAAUGAAGAAGGAUGGAACUGUGAGUACUAUGUGGCCGCUUGUUAGCCGCUUCUCAACUGCUUACGGGGUACCUAGGUUCACAUCACAAACAUGCGCAAGAAGGUAG